UGAUCUGACUCUUGCCUAUGGUUUCCACAUCUACGGUGCAAGUACCACGACCUGAGGCGUCAUAGAGCCAGCCAUUCACACCGCCAGGAACACCCGUAAUCUCAAACAAUGACAGAUGCAAACCCAAAGGCCCAGGCCAAACUGCCAUCGCCGCCCUUUCAUGCUAUUCCGGGCCUGCCCAACUUCCGCGACGCCGGCGGUUACCCCAUUGAUGCCCAGCCCGGCUGCAUCCUCAGGCCUGGUGUUGUCUUCCGCUCCGCAGAGCCCUCACGCCUUACCGACGACGGCAUCACCCGCCUCCAGGAUCUCGGUAUCACUCAUGUCUUCGAUCUCCGCUCCACCAUCGAGCUCAAGCGCCUCGCUCAGGCAGGGACGAGUUGCGACGUCCGCGAGUGGCCCGGCGCCCAGCGCGUCUUCGUUCCCGUCUUCCGGGAUCAGGACUACGGGCCAGAGGCCAUUGCCCUGCGCUAUCGUAACUACUCGAGCGACAGUACCGAGGGUUUCACCAAAGCCUACACUGACAUCCUACGCACCGCCUCGGAGCCUGACCACCCCAAUGACCCCUUUCGCACAAUCCUCUCUCACCUCGCAACCCCCAACCCCCCGUCUCCGAUGCUCAUCCACUGCACCGCCGGCAAGGAUAGAACUGGCGUUAUCUGCGCCAUAAUCCUUAGCCUCUGCGGCGUCGCGGACGAAGUCAUUGCCCACGAGUACAGCCUGACGGACAUCGGCCUCCAGGACCGUAGGGAAGAGAUUGCUAACCACCUCCUCGCCACCGAAGCCCUCAAGGGAAAUCUCGAGGGUGUCCGGCGUAUGAUUAGUUCUCCGUAUGUGAAGGAAAGCAUGCUCGCAACACUAGCCAAGCUUCGCGAGGAGUAUGGUUCCAUCGAGACUUACGUGCAAAAUAGAUGUCGCCUAUCCGCAGAGGCCAUCGAUAGGAUUCGCUCCAAUCUCAUAGUGGAUAUUUCCGACGAGCAUCAAGCACUAGACUGGGUAUCACACUCGAAUUACUUGCUUUGAAUUUUUUGAAUUUUUUAAUGGGCUCGUGACUCUUGUACGAGCCAACCCUUCGGCUAAUAUUGUCGUUAUACAGAUACAUGUACAUAUACAGUAAACAGAUAUAGUCGCUUAUCAUACAGAGGGAUAAACGCCAACACGAAG